ACGAACACAGCGUGGGAGGAAGCUUUCCUACCUUUCGACUCACCUUUCCGUGGCGCUUGUGCGAUGGCUAAUCUGACCUGUGGUAGCAGAUCGCCUUUCGGCAACCCAGUCUCCAUCUCGUCGGCAAAAGAAGCGCCCGUCCAGGACCAGUCCCGACGUCAUCAUGAAGGAGGCGGAAGAGGAGAUGGAGGAGCAGGAGCAGGAGCCAAGUGAAGAAAGGGAAUCCUCCCUGCCGAGCGAUAGUCAUGAAGGAACAAACCCUUCAGGGCUCGAUGAUGAUGAUGACGACGAGGAUGAUGGGGACCUUUUCCACAACAGUCUGUUCGGGUCACGAAGUCCCCUGGGCCUUCAGAGCACCCUCCGGGCUUUGAGUGGCAUGAUGUCGGGCAUGUCUUCGCGCCUGCGAGAUAUUCUGUGCAAUCUGAGAAUGAAGGAUGACCCGUCCAUCCAGCUAAUCGCUCUGCAGGAGCUCUCUGAUCUACUACUUGUAUCAAAUGAGGAUAAUCUUUCCGGCCAGUUCUCUCCGGAUCCGUAUGUAAAGGAGUUGGUCGCAUUGAUGCAGCCAAGCGACUUUGGGGAAGAAAACCCCGAGAUUAUGCUUCUUGCAUGUCGCUGCUUGGCCAACUUGAUGGAGGCCCUGCGGGGUUCUGUGGCUAAUGUGGUCUACGGAGGGGCCGUCCCAGUCUUGUGCCAGAAGCUACUGGACAUCCAAUUCAUUGACUUGGCUGAGCAAGCUCUCAGCACUUUGGCGAAGAUAUCGGUCGACUUUCCAGCUUCUAUCGUGCGCGAGGGUGGGUUGACGGCUUGCUUGACAUACCUCGACUUCUUCCCAACCAGUACACAACGUACUGCCGUGACCACAGCCGCCAACUGCUGCCGCAAUCUCCCCCACGACUCGUUUCCCGUCGUGAGAGAUGUCAUGCCGACCCUCCUCAACGUGCUCUCCAGCAAUGAUCCGAAGGUUGUUGAACAGGGCUGUCUAUGUGUCUCCCGGAUCGUCGAGAGCUACAAGCACAAGCCGGAGAAGCUGGAAGAGCUCAUCGAACCUGCGAUGCUAAAGGCUGUACUUCGACUGCUUUUGCCGGGCACGACUAAUCUGAUCGGCCCGCACAUCCACACACAGUUCCUUCGUGUAUUGGCAAUCACAUCCAAAGCGAGCCCGAGACUGUCUGUGGAAUUGCUCAGAAUGGACGUGGUUGAUACUCUUUACCAGAUCCUGACGGGGGUUUCACCACCGGCAAACUUGGACGACACCGCGGUCAAGAUGGACAGUGUCCUCGUUAUGCAAGCGUUGAUUCAUCGCCCCAGGGAACAGGUCUUCGAGACUCUAAAUGUUAUCUGUGAGCUGCUACCUGGCGCUCCUAAUCGGCAUCUUCCUGAAGCGGAAAGUUUGCCUGGAUAUCCUCUCGGGGGUGAAGUUCAUGGGCCAAAAUCUCCGAAGGCGAAGGAAACCGCCGAGAAGCGCCGUUCAUCCUUGAUGGACUGCAAGGCCGAACUGAAACGCUUUGCUAUGAUCUUGUUGCCGACCUUGACGGAUGCUUAUUCUAGCACUGUUAAUUUAGAAGUUCGCCAGAAGGUCCUGACCGCUCAGCUCAAGAUGCUGCACAACCUAGAUGCUGGCCUGGUAGAGGAUGCCUUACGAACCGUCCCGUACGCCUCAUUCCUCGCUGCCAUCCUCUCUCAAAAGGACCACCCGUCUCUGGUGUCAUCUGCCCUGCGCUGUGCGGAAAUUCUGUUCCAGCGCUUGGAACACGUUUAUCGACAUCAAUUCCACCGCGAGGGAGUCAUUGCAGAGAUCUUCAAACUCUCCGAGGGACCUCUAUCUACGGAAAAUGAAACGAAGCCGCCGGGGGAUGCCUCGUCAACUAAGGACACUACUUCUGGGGACGCCCAACAGGUACCACAGAGUGAAACCAAUGAGGCUGCCAAUGUGGAAGAUGAAGAUGGCCCUGACGAUGGAGAAGGGGCGGACGACUAUGACGAGCAAGAUGACGAUGACAACGACGAUGCUUCCGAGUCAGGAAGCUCUUCAUCGUUCUCCGGUCAUGCCCUUUCAACGAGGAUUGACAAUGCUAUGCGCGAUAUCGUGGUCCGUGAUGCUCGUUCUUUCGUGGAUCUGUACGAGGCUAGCCAAGGCAAAGACAUGCGGGACAAGGCUUUGGAAACGUUGAAUGAGCUGAAGGCUCUUGCCACGGGAAUCGAAGCGUUCUACUUGGGCGAUGGCGAAGAAGCGGGGAUUUCCCUUUUCACGAAGCUUGCAACCUAUUUCGACGGCGACGCACUGGAGAGCAUCACCAGCUCUGAACUUCUCAACUCAGGCAUCAUCAAAGUGCUACUUGAUGUGUUUGGUGAUUUUCAAGCUGCCCCCAUGCGUGAGGCCCGUACCGCUUUCCUGCAGGCUUUCAUGGGAUCGUGCAUCUCUGAAAAGGCUCAGAGCCAAAGUACAGCAACCACCCCGUUUAGUGUUCUUAUCCAGAAACUGCAGGAUCUGCUCAGCCGGACUGAGCAUUUCGAGGUUACCACCGUCAGCCACAACUCACUCGAGAACACGCGAAGUAACGCUGCCUAUAUGCUGGGGAAACAACUUAGGUUGAAGCUGGUGGCAGAUGAGAACUCGGAUAUCCCUCGCACGUACCGGAAUAUCAUGGUCUCCAUUCAUGCUAUCGCCACCUUCAAGGCUUUGGACGAUUUCCUUCACCCGAGAAUUAGUCUUUCAGAUCGGCCCAGGCCGCCUCGCUCCCGCGACACAAUUCUGUCUCAGAUUGCUAAUGCAGCACGUCUGCGAGAUCAGCUGACUGGUGAUACUCCUCAUCUACCUCGGACGUCAACUACUUCCGGCAGACCAUCUCGCCCAGAAGAGACGCAGCCGACUACCAACGAGUCUUCAGCUGAAGGUCAUGAUCGCAGCUCGAGGGCUGGACGAUCUGGCCGGCACCAAGGACCCGGUGACAACGACCACGAGGGCGAGCCCCUUGAGUGUGCGGACGAACGCCACAUGAGUGAUGAUGAGGACCCGGAAGAUGAUGGCGAGGACGAGGAGUUGAACGCUAUCGUGGAUGAUCUGGACGAUGAUAUGUCUGACGACAACGUCCAUGACCCGACUGCCGUCAACAUGGAGGUGGCUUCUUCUGGUAAGGUGACUGCCCGUAAGGAAGAUGGAACUCGCGUUGCCACACCAUCACAGUCCACGCCAGCAUCCAAGGCCUCUACAUCAGCCCCAGGUUCCGCACUAAAUCCAGCUGGCGGAAGUUCAUUGGCAAUGGCUGGUCGCCCAUUCUCCUCCUAUGCAGCAGCCAUGGCGUCCAUCCCGACUGAUUGGCAUAUCGAAUUCAGCGUUGAUGGUGAGCCUGUUUCAAACGAGACGACCAUCUACCGCGCUGUUCAUCAUAACCGCCAACAGACGGAUCCCAAUGCGAAGAACGUUUGGUCUGCUAUUCAUACGGUCAAGUUCCGACGCGCUUCGGGACCGCCACCUCCAGAGCCUUCCACACUCACCCAGAGCACGUCCAGCGCUGUGGCGAAACAUGACAGCGAUGAGAUCCCCCCGUCGCUCAGCCAAGACUUGACGACGGCGUCUAUCUUCCAAUUGCUGCGUGUGUUGCACGAGAUGAACAGCACUUUGGAUGACAUCCUGGCGGAGACAAAGGAGCUGGUCUCCCUGAAGCCAGAACCGCUGGCCCAGUUUAUCAACACAAAGCUUACCGCUAAGCUCAACCGACAGUUGGAAGAACCGCUCAUUGUGGCAAGUAGCUGCCUCCCCAGCUGGAGCGAAGAUCUUGCCCGGCUCUUCCCAUUCCUGUUUCCGUUUGAGACACGCCACUUGUUCCUCCAGUCAACCGCCUUUGGAUACUCGCGCGCGAUGAUGAGAUGGCAUAAUUCCCAGAACGGAGAAGAUAACCGCAGCGAUAACCGGCGCGACGAUCGGCCCAUACUUGGACGGCUUCAGCGACAGAAGGUGAGGAUCUCCAGAACCCGUAUUCUCGACUCGGCUAUGAAGGUGAUGGAGCUCUAUGGCUCUUCGCCAAGCGUGUUGGAGGUUGAAUAUUUCGAAGAAGUCGGCACCGGCUUGGGUCCGACGCUUGAGUUCUACUCUACUGUUUCGAAAGAAUUUUCCAAGAAGAAGCUCAAGAUCUGGCGGGAAAACGACUGCCUCAAUGGCGAGGAGUAUGCCUUUGGCAAGCGCGGUUUGUUCCCUGCGCCUAUGAGUGACGAGCAAGCUGCCUCAGAACCGGGAAAGAAACACCUUCAGCUCUUCAAAGUCCUGGGCAAGUUUGUUGCCCGGUCAAUGCUUGACUCCCGGAUCAUCGACGUCUCCUUCAACCCAGCCUUCUUCCGGAUCGCCGACAACUCGUCAUUUGGCACCCCGUCGCUUGGCACAGUGAAAGCGGUUGAUCAAGACCUGGCAAAUUCGUUGCUUCUGUUGAAGGCAUUUGCCAACGCCAAGAAAGCUGUGGAAGACCAUAAGAUGCUGUCGCAGGCGCAGAAGGCGCAGGCUUUGCAGGACGUCCAAGUUGGUGGCGUCAAGGUGGAAGAUUUGAGUCUGGACUUUACACUGCCCGGCUAUCCGGCCAUUGAUCUGAUCAAGAAUGGCUCCAAUAUACCUGUAACCAUUGAGAAUGUUGAUCUGUACGUCGAUCGGGUCGUGGACAUGACUCUGGGCAGUGGAGUCCAACGCCAGGUCGACGCAUUCCGUGCCGGAUUCUCCCAGGUAUUCUCUUAUUCCGCCCUCCGGACCUUCACGCCUAGCGAGCUAGUUAUGCUGUUUGGAAGAGCCGAGGAGGACUGGACCAUCGAGACCCUCAUGGAUUCCAUCAAGGCCGAUCAUGGCUUCAACAUGGACAGCCGCAGCGUGCGCAACCUGCUGCAGACAAUGAGUGAACUGAGCCCGCAACAACGCCGGGACUUCUUGCAAUUCGUCACCGGCAGUCCAAAACUCCCCAUUGGCGGUUUCAAGAGCCUUACUCCCAUCUUCACUGUGGUCUGCCGUCCCAGCGAACCACCGUACACGCCCGAUGACUACUUACCCAGUGUCAUGACCUGCGUGAACUACUUGAAGCUACCUGACUACAGCACGCUGGACAUGCUCCGCGAGCGAUUGUCCGUUGCCAUCAAGGAAGGGCAAGGGGCGUUCCACUUGUCAUGAUCAUUGAAUGUCGGAACCCGAUCUCAGUCCGCAGUGGCUUACACUUUAAUAUGGAUAGCGGGAGAUCAAGGAUGAGGGGAAAUACGACG